CCCUGUUUCAGCUUCAAGACAGCACUCUAGCUCUGCGUUCACGGUGUGCAUGUGUAAGAGUGUGUGAAACUGUUUAUGCAUGUAUUGAUGCCAUUAAUGAGCCGCUUUGUGACUUUACGACCUUCGUAUUGAUAACUGGCACCAUGAUGAGGAGUAUGGACGCAAGGGAAACUGAGAUCGACCUGAGGGAUGCAGGGGAUGGAGAGGAUGACGAGGGACAACAGACGUGGAAGACGCAGCUGGAAACUGUCCUGGAGGAAGAGGAGGAGGAAGAUGUGAUAUCUACACAGAGUGACACCAGGCCUCUGAUCAAUGAACGGGACCCAAGACAAAUAAAUGAGUGUCUUAAGGUGAGUUUUGAGGAUGUGAUAGCCGAGCCAGUGUCGGUGCGCAGCGGGGAUCGGGUGUGGAUCUGGAGUCACGCUCUCUUCGAGGUGUCCAGGGUCUGGUUUUAUCGUAUCAUCACGGCUCUGCUGGCUGUACCAGUGUCCCUCCUCGCCGGGAUUCUCUUCGCCGUCCUCAGCUUCGUUCACAUCUGGUUCUUUAUGCCGUGUGUGCAAGUCGUCUUGAUAAACACCGGGUGGUUGCAUACUUUAUGGAGCAGCGUUUUAGACAUAAUCAUCCUACCUUUCUUCCAAAGUGUGUCAAAAUGCUGCAGCGGGAUAAGUGUCGUUGUCACAAGGGAAUGAGAAACAUUCGCUGGAAUCUUUUGAAACGAUUCAAAUGGAAAUUCACGUUGAACUUUUGGGCAGAUGUGUGGCCACCUGACUCCUGGUGCGUGUCGAGAGGGACCAUGCCCAAAUGCUAAGCGUAAUGAAUGUCAGCUCACUGCCAAAGACUGAGGCGAAGCUGAUAUUUGAAAACGCAUGAAGCUUGCGUAUUUCUAAAGGGACAGUCUUCUCGAAAAUGGUGACACUGUCACCGUUCACUCACCCUGAUGUUCUUCAAACACCCUUGCGAUUUUCUUUCUUCUGUGGAUCACAAAUGUGUACCACUUACGCGUUUUAUAUCUCCUUUUAUGUUCAAUGCAAUAAAUAACUUCUUACAGGUUAGUAUUAAGAGGGUGAAUAAACGAUGACAGAUUUUUCCAUUUUCAAAGAAUUGGCGCUGUGUGUUUUGUGCAGGUGUUUUCUUUUUGUCGAUUCAUUUCUUAAUUUCCCACCGAAGGUGCCAUAAAAUGUGUUUGCAGCUGGUUCGGGUCGAGCUAUACUGAUUAUGGUAAAACAUGCUGCUAUUAACGUCUGUUGUGUUUUUUGAUGACCUGUUUUGCAUUGCGUUGAGAACUCAUUGUGUGUUCUUUGAAGUAUUCUCGAAACCCUUUCAUUCGAAAAACAACCGUUUCCUCAAGACUAUUCAAUUAAAUGCCUCACUCUACAUAUGUUAAUAUGAUGCCAUUAAAAUAAAAGUAACAAUUCAGUUACGUGACA